CCCACUUUAGUUUGGCGGGAUUGAACUCACUGCACGCUUCCUUGAAGGUUCAUCGGCUUCAUCAUGCAGUUUGACAGCAGUAACAGAAAAAAGAGGUUUGUGUCAAACCCUCUGGCUGAGCUCUAUGAUCAGCCUCUGCAGUUCUARGGGCAGUCACCUCUGGAAAACAUUGCUCUCUCUGAGUUUGAGACAUUUGCCGUGGAGAGACUGAAAUUGUUGAAGACAGUUGAGAAUCUGGGAGUGAGUCAUGUGAAGCAGUCUGAGCAAUACUCGAAAAAACUGGCGAAUGAGCUUAAAACCCUGAACUUUCCUUACAGAACCACUGCUAAUGACACAAAAGCUCAAAAUGGACCAAGUGAAACUGAGAAACGAAGAAAGGARCAUAUUUCCCACUUCAUUCUCCGACUGGCCUAUUGUCAAACGGAAGCUCUGAGGCGAUGGUUCAUCCAACAGGAAGUUGAUCUUUUCCGCUUCCGUUUUAAUGAACUAGAUUCAAAAUCAAAGCUUGAAUUUCUUCAAAAGAACAAUCUACAAUAUGACACAACUGGUGCGGAUCAGAAGAAGGAUCUGAAGGAGAAACUUAUCAACUCCAGUUAUGGCAUCAGUGGAGCCACAGUGGAAGAGCACGACUUCUACAAAGUUCCAUUUCAAGAUGCCCUGGAUUUGGUGCGAACAAGGAAAGUGUACCUCCGAAAUGGCUAUGCGUACAUUCCUCAUCAUGAAAUCGUCACCAUUGUUCUGAAUGACUUCCGCACAAGGCUGUCCAAAGCUCUCGCGCUGACAGCCCGCUUGCUACCAGUAGUGCAAUCUGAUGAACGUCUUCAGCCYCUCCUCAACCAUCUCAGUCAUGCAUAUGUGGGACAGGAUUACGGCAUCCAGAAGAACGUAGGGAAAGUCUCCUUGGAGCAGAUCGAUUCGCUUUCAGGAACGUCCUUCCCGCUCUGUAUGAGGCAGCUGCAUCAGUCUCUCAGAGAAAACCACCACCUCCGCCAUGGUGGCAGGAUGCAGUACGGUCUGUUCCUCAAAGGUAUCGGCCUCACUCUGGAGCAGGCGCUGCAGUUCUGGAGGAUGGAGUUCACAAAGGGCAAAGUGGACGCCGACAGGUUUGACAAAGCAUAUGCCUACAGCAUCCGCCACAUGUUUGGCAAAGAAGGCAAGCGAACGGACUACACACCUUACAGCUGCAUGAAGGUGAUUUUAUCAAACCAACCCGGCCCAGGCGACAGUCAUGGAUGUCCAUUCCGCCACAGUGACCCAGAGCUGCUGAAGCAGAAGCUUCAAGUCUACAAAGUGUCUCCCAGUGGAGUCAAUCAGAUCAUGGAGCUGGUCAAAGGGAUGCACUACCAGCUGGCAUGCCAGAAGUACUUUGAGCUGACACACAAUGUUGAGGACACAUCUUUCUCGCUCAGUCACCCCAAUCAGUACUUCUUAGAAAGCCAGAAGCUUUUGGGAGGAGGCAAGGACAUAAAGCGAGACGUUGACACUCAACAAAAGUCUCAGGAAAACUCUGCRGCCAGAGGGUCUUCUGCUGCUCGAGAGCCGGCAGCAAACACUUCUGAACAUCUUGACGAUGCGGAAAAUCUGGAGAUGUUCUUUCAAGAUGCCUGAUUUCUGUGUUAAUCUUCACGGAAAUAAAUGUUCAGUGUUGGGCCUGGUUCACCUUUUUUUAUAAAUUGCUUAGAAACUGUGUGAUAUAUCAGAAAUAAAGUAACAAAUGAAGAA